GUCUACCACCUCUCCAUUCGGGCAGCCUGUAAGAUGACUUGGCCCACAGAUCGUAUUAUAAUACAAGUGCUUGAUGAUUCAACAGAUCUCAUAACUAAGGAGCUGGUUAAUGAAGAAUGCAAUAAAUGGCAAACGAAGGGGAGGAACAUUCACUACGUGAGAAGGGAGAACAGAAAGGGAUACAAAGCGGGUGCCCUAAAAGAUGGAAUGAAGGUGGAGUAUGCACAGCUAUGUGAAUAUGUCGCCAUGUUUGAUGCAGAUUUCCAGCCGGAGCCUGAUUUCCUCAUUAAAACCAUUCCAUUCCUCAUCCACAACCCUAGGCUUGCUCUUGUUCAAGCUCGAUGGAAGUUUGUGAAUGCAGAUGAAUGCAUGAUGACAAGGAUGCAAGAGAUGUCUAUGGAUUACCACUUUAAGGUGGAGCAGCAAGCAGGAUCAACCUCUUGCAAGUUCUUUGGUUACAAUG